UUUUAUUUCCUGAUUUUUAAUGGUACAAUCACAGUACUGUGUUGUGUACACAUGUACAUGUUUCAAGUUUCAAUAGGCCUAUUACAACAAACAAAACAGACUUUGCAACAAUGACCUGAAAACAAAUGUUUCAUAGCUUGAGCAUUUAUUUAUUAUUAUUUGUUACAAUUAUUAUUCAGACAUUUAUCAAUUGUCAAUUCACUUUCAUUAAAUACAAUGCUGAUAACUGUAUACACGUUGUAGAAUCAGAAAAUUACUGCAACUGAAUAAAAUGUGAUUAUACAUCUCAAGUCUUUCCUCUCAGUGGUUAAAUGUUUACUGCUGACAUCUAAUUUGCCUGCGUGUCACUGCCCCAAACUAAAACAAUGACAUCACUGGAUUCGAUCUUCUAUUUUCCUCAGAGCAAAGAUCAAAUGAAACUCGCCGCUCAGCAGGUAAGACUGAUAUGACUUUACUAUGUGUUCUGGUAACCAGCUUAGAGUAUAUGAGUUAAGAAAGAAGUAAGAAACUAAAAUUACUGAUACAUAAUCAUUUAUUUCUUUACCCGGUGUAUUGUCUGUCAGAGCUUUAUUUGAUUGGUUUUCAUUUGAAGCUGCACUAUUUGGUUUAACAAAUGUAAUAUAGAAUUUAUGUCUAUACAAUACACUUCUUACUAUAAUAUCAUAUAAAUACUGUACUAUCAACUAUUAUCAGCACCCUUGAAAUAUGAGCAAAGAAGGCUGUAAAAAUAAAUCUGCAUUGUUUCUCGUUUUGAUCUUUUAUUUAAAAACCAUUAAUCUGCCAUACUGGAACUUCAAACGGCACUGGGGUCUAUGGCCAUAUGAUAUGAAAAAGAGUUUUUUGGCAGCAAUAACACAAGAUAGGUUUGGUGCACACAGGGAUACAAAAGUUCCCCAUGUCCACAGUUAAAUAUACCACCAGAUCUUCAUUGUUGUGGACCUACUUUUAUACCAGAGGUUCAAUCUUGAUACAGUACACGGCAUCAUGUAUUAUAUCAAAUACCAACGGAUAUAAAAAUCAAAACCUGACUUGCUCUUAUAGAAAUAUUAUAAUGGGUCGUGGUUGGUCUUUCAUCGGCACAUUGGUUCAAAACGAACAUCCUCAAAAAAUAAGUCAAUCAAUCGUGCCACAGCCAUCCCAGUUCCCUGACCUGAACCCUAUAGAAAACGAGUGGGAUGAACUGAAGAAGAGGGAGGAGCAACAUUUGAAGGAUCUGGAGAAAUUCUUUAUGGAGGAAUGGACUGGGAUGACUCUCGAUGUAAUCUCAAACCUCAUCGCACCGAAAAGAAAACACUCAGAGCUGUUUUUCUUAUCAAUUGAGGUUGCGGAGUGUAUUAAAUAUAGGGUGCCAAUAAUUGUGGCCAACAUGUAUGGAAGAAAAAAUGUUUUUUACAAUGUGAUAUAGUCCCACUACUUCAAAUUGUUUUCCUCCAAGGAAAUGUUGGAAUUUUGUAGAUUUUUAAAAUAAAAGAUCAAAACGAGAAACAAUGCAGAUUUAUUUUUAAAACCUAUUUACCAAGGGAGCCAAUAAUAGUGGAGGGCACUGUACACUGUAAAAACACGAACAUCACGUAACUGUAACACAAGGAAAUGUUGGUGUUUUACAUAAGGCCAAAAGGUCAAACUAUUUACAUAACGUCAAAACAAACAAGUUACGCCGAGAUCUUUUAGUCUUAAUGAUGUUUAAUCUGAUAUGUAUUAUUUAUUUAUAUUUAUUGAAUUUGUAAACAAGUCUUAUAUACAUUAAUCACACAAAAAGACAUUUUAAUUACGGUUUACUUUAUCUUUGGACUGCGCACUGUAUGCAUUGAACUAUAUAUCCCUGCUUGUUGAAUGAAUGCUCCAGUUGCACACCAUGUAUAAAAACACCUAUCGGGGUGGGGGAGAACAAUUUUGCAACUUGUUAUUUUUUCAUCUUUUAAUUGACUUUGUGUUGAAGCAAACUGGGAAUGUCUAUGGCCCUCUUCAGUGCUAUUUCAGAGAUAUUUAAAGAUCUACUUCAUGAAGACUUUUCAACGUUUAUUUUAAAGUAUACCAUAUUGAUUCAACUAUGCAAUAUUCCUCUUUAUUAUUCAAACAACAGCAGAUGCUGCACAUCUCAAAAAUCAUCUCUGUCCACCAAUAAUCCACUAUCACAUCCGAUUCUAAUAACAGACGCACUGAGCAUUACUAUGGUACUAUUUAUACCCGUGCUUGUACUACUCUGGGGUAAGUACUUGUAUCUCAUUAUAAAUCCUAAACAGUUUUGUAGAAGAAAAAAUCAAUGAACUUGUCUGAUGUUCAAAUAUUUUGGUAAAUGUAGAAAUUGAAUACCAACAGAAACAUUUAUGAAAGGGAUGGUUCACCCAAAUAUAAAAAAAAAUCUUCUUUUGUGUUCACCAGAAUGAUGAAAAGAAUUAUUUUUUUGGUAUUAAUUGUCACUUUAAUAAAAAAACCUUUUCUUCAUAAUCCUGAUGUAUAUCUGAGUGUAACCACUUCCUGAAUGAGAAAAAGAGUAGGGCGGUGCCAGUGUUGGCUUUUUGUCCUUUAACUACUGCAGGCCGACUACGAACGCUGCACUUAGAAUAUCCAAGUACUGCAAUGAAUUUCACUGAAGCUCGAAACGUAUGCCAGAGUAAAUACACUGACCUUCUCACGGAUUAUAAUGAGCAAAUCAAUAAGGAACUAGUUGAAGAGCUGUUAGAAAUAACUCAUUGGGAAGUCCACAGUGUGAAAUGGUCGGAUGGUGCUGCUGUCACAGUUUUCAAGUUAACGGGAAAUUGUGUCAGUGAUUGCUGUGCUGCUAUGAAAGCUGAUAAAGAGUGGGAAUCUGUUCAAUGUAAUAAAACGAAACCCUUCAUGUGUUUUGAUAAAGGCUCUACAGAAUACAAGUUAAUUGAGGAGAGCAAAUCCUGGAAUGAAGCUCAGAGGUUCUGCAGACAAAAUCACACUGAUUUAGUCAGUAUCAGAAAUGAGAGUGAUAAUGAGGAGGUUAAAAAGCAAUCCUCUACGGAAAAUUUCUGGAUUGGUCUACAGCACAGCAAGAUCAACAAGUCUUUUACAAACUUUGCCAAUCAGAGUUUUUGCAUUUAUCACGAAGGAAAGUGGAUUCGAAGUAUAUCUGAGGUCCAUGCUGUAUGCUACAUAGAUUCGUUUGUGUCUUUGUCAGAAAGUCUCAUUCACAUGAGCACUCAUGAAAUGUCCUGGGAAGGCGCUGUGGAUUACUGCAAUGCUUCUGGUCUACUGCGCAUCGAGUCCAAAGACGAUCAGAUAGAAACAGAGAAAGAAUUACGAAAAAAGAAUAUUUCUGAACCGGUGUGGAUCGGACUUCGACAGAGUCGACUUUUUGGUUUCUGGAUGUGGGUGAAUGGACUUCACGUGGGACCCUGGACUAACUGGAAAGGAGGACGUCAGCCAGAACAUCAGAUCUCUCAUCACUGUGACGUCAUGGAGAAGGUGGACGGCACAUUCAGGUGGACUGAUAAAGACUGCAGAUACAGGUUUAGAGUUGUAUGUGAGAUACGCUAAAUUAUACAUGAUUCUGUUAAUUGCUUUGCUGUGCUUAUAUUUUCUGUUUUAAAACCAAUUCCUGAAGUAUUGUCCACUCUUUUUUUCUUUAUAAAUCUUAAUAAAUCAAUUAAUUAAUAAUCAUUUUCUUAAAAUAUACUGUAUCCUAAAUGGACAAUCCAGGUAUUUAACAACAGCAUAUCUGAAAGGCAUAAAUGGUUUCAUAAAUGAUAUUCUCUGAUAUGUUGACUUAUUGUUAAUAUUGUUUAUGCAUGUCGACUCCUUUUAUGAUGCUAAAUUUUAGACUUGAAAUAUUGAUAUCUUUUUAAUCCCAUCUUUAUCACACAAAAAUAAAAAAAUCUAUCAUCAUUAAUUCGCCCUCAUAUUGUUCAAAACCUGAAUGUGACUCAAGACAUUUUUUGGUUAAC